AUUGCUUUAUCAUGUGACAUGUUGUAGCAUGAUCAGCGUUUAGCAGUAUUGCUAAGGAUUACAGCUAAAAGCAAUGGCAUCACCGGCACAAAAAGAAAUCAGGACUAUGAAGGAUUUUUUGGGUGAAGCAGAAGUGAACGUAUUUGAAUGCAAGGUCUGUUUUGAAAAAUACAGCCAGAAGCAGAAGCAUAGGCCUCGGAACCUUCCCUGUGGUCACGUUAUGUGCCAAGACUGUGUUUCCUCUCUUUGUCUCCCAGGAAAUGAAAGGCUGGAGUGCCCAUUUUGCCGCAAAGCUUGCAGGAAGUUGGAGACAAGUAUAUGUCUUCCAGUUCUACACCUCUUGGAGAUUAUAGGACGUGUGGUUCCUGAUCAUCUGGAAGCUCAUUCUUCAGAUUGCAUAAGUAAUUGUGUAUCAAAAUUGAAAUAUUCAAGUUUUAACCUCAGCACAACAUUUGGAGGUUGGGGUGUACUUUUCAACCCUACUGGCAUUGCAUUCUGUAAGAGGACCAAGUCUUUGGUUGUGGCACAUGAUGGUAAAAACAGAAUUGCCAGAUUCACAAUGAAUGGGAAGUAUAUGCAGGAAUUUGGGACAAAAGAUAAUUCUGCAAAUACCAUUGUUUACCCAGUUGGUGUGGCAAUCACGCUGGAUGGUUUCAUUGCUGUGACAGAUGUUGGCGAUCGUUCACUUAAGGUGUUUAGUCAAUCUGGCAAGUGUAUGUUGGUUGUUAAACAGCCUUUCAUUUUACCGUGGGGCCUGGGCAUUAACCCUGAUAAUGAAGUCAUUGUUUCUGACCCAGAGGCUGGCAGUCUUGUUCUUGUAGAUGCUGACUUCACCCAAGGAUGCAUCAAGAAGAGUUUAAGCAUAUGUUUUCAUUUGAGCCACCCCAGGGAGAUUGCGGUCUGUCAGACAAGUGGAGCUGUUAUUGUGGUAGAACACCCUUUACAAACCAGCAAAUAUUCUUCCAGUACUAGAAUUAAGAUUUUGAGUAAAGAAAUGAAGCUCUUAAGACAAAUUGAUAGUUUUAGUCUAAGCUUGUUCCUUCCUUUAGCUGCACAUACAUCAGCAGUGGCAUUUGAUCAGGUGGGAAAUAUUUUAGUAGCUGAUGUAAAUAAUAGAUGUGUAAUCUGCUUACAGAAAAUUGAAGACUGCAAUUCAUCAAAGUAUAUUGUUGCCAGUGGCCUGUCUUACCCAGUGGCACUAGCCAUAUUAGACAAUGGUUCCAUUGCUGUUUUAGACAGUGGAAAUCACUCUGUUCUCGUUUAUUCUUCCUUAUCAGUCAUUGCCACUUAGCACUACAUUGUCCUCUAUUAAGAAAUCUACAUAUACUUCUAAAAUAGUAUCUUAGGAAUGCAGAAGAGAGCAUAUCUGAUUAACAAAGUAUUAAGUAUAAUAGUCAAGUACAAUAUUCAAAGUAUGUGCAACAUGGUAAAGGUUUAUGGAAAUGAAACAAGGCCUUAGAUACAAUGAUACACAUACAUUAAAAACUGGAGCAGGUCCCAUUCUACAGUCUGUCUCAUGUCAGCAACUUCUUGUCCCUUGCGGGAUGCUGCGUUCGCCACACUGUGCGCCCGGUUGGUGGCGUGGACUCACCAACUGAGUGAGAAUUAGGGCGGGUGUUGGGUUGCUGGGCAUCGACAAAAUGCCAACAGUCUGUAUUCUGGCGUUGGUCUCCUGAUUCGAACCUCGGGAAUUUUGACUACAACCCGUUCUGGUUUUAUGCACAGUAUGGUUGAUUUGCUUUAUGUAUCAUUUGUUAUUCUAACUGCAGAGUCUUGUGGCAAUGAUAUUAUAUGGCUUAUGAUGAUAUUAUAUGACUUAAGCUAUAAUAAAGAGCAGGAUCCACUGCAGAUUCAUCAGUUAUACAUAA